CGCAGUCAAAAGCCACGCCAACGGAAGGACAGUUGAAUCCAUGGCGCAGCUGCUGCUUUGGGCACUCCUGCUCCCAGCUUCAGCGCUGAUAGAUGUUCACCUGAAACCAGCCUCCAGGGAGAUACCACCAGGCCAGGUGGCCGUAUGGGUGUGGCAAGGGCCUGGCGAGGUGCAGCUCAAUGCCACCUGCUUGGACGAAGCGAACCUCGAUUUCUUUGUUGUCUCUGGAAAUGGAGAUGAGAUGAAAAGAAGGGGUCCGCCAGCUUCAUUAAAGGUGCGGCCUGACUGCAGACAUUGCAAUGCCUUUUUCCUUCAAAGUCAACUUCCCACUGUAGAUGAAAACGUGACCAUCCUGGUCGCCAGCAACAAGGAGGGCUUUUCGAGAGUCAAGCUUCGCUUUGACGAGUCGCUCAUCAGCGUUCCUUCGUGCAUGGACCGGUGUUUUGGCCGGCCCUGGGCAUUUGUUGGGCUUGCGCUCUUUGUUGCCGCGCUAUUGGCUUGCGGCUUUCACUUUUCACAGCCUUUAUGCCGCGAAGUGCCACCCCAUGCCUCAAAUGUUGCAUGGGAUGCAGCAUGGGCCCCUGAACUGGCGCAGUGCAGAAGGCCUCUGAAACCAAGAGAGGCCUGGCGAACUUGGAUACUGCACGGAUGCAUCAUGACGUAUCCAUGGAACCCUUGGCACAACGACCCCUUGGAGUAUAAGUUCCGCUGCCUAGUUUUGACCGUCAGCUUGGGGCUGACCAUGUGCGUCUCCACGCUAUAUGGCCACAUGUUCAGCUACUGGGACUCCACUGUGAGCACUCAGCCCUGGGAGCGUACAUCCGAAGAUUCUGGGCAACAAGCCCCAAGCGUGCAAGGUGCACUGCUGGUGUCCAUCCUUUCCUCCUUGGUCGAGGGAGUUCUUCGGAUGCUUGCAUUGGCACUCUUCCGCUCCUCUUUGGCGUGUUCUCGCCUACAGAAACGCUGGCGGGUGAAGGCGCCCGCUCUUGUGGUGGCUGUAGCUGUCGUCAUUGCGUGUAUUGCAUACCCGCUGGGAUUGGCAGCUUCCGGACAUAUUUGUCGCUAUGUUCAACAUUUGUUCUCGCAGUUCUUGAUUUCACAAGCAAUCCGGGGCAUCCCCUUGGCCAUUGCUGCUACUACACUGCAAUACCUGUUGCUGAAGGCCUUUGGCAAAGCUGCGGGGUCUCUUGAGCCAGCCGAGUUCGAUGAAAUGUCAGAACUUCAUAGUUAGAGCGUGUCAUAACUGAUGUCGUUGUGCACGAACUGAGCCGACAUGACAUCGGUCAACAUGUUAUUCUGUACCUGUGAGGGUGCGAGGGGCUGCUCAGGUGACUCAAUGUUUGGUCAGCCGGCGCCAUGUCUCAAUCUGUCCGAGAAAUCAGAGAUCUGAGAAAUAAGUGCGUCAAAAUGCACCACCUGGCUUGCUUGGCGCAGCCGCGCAGCUCCACAACCUCAAGCCGCUCAAGCCAAGUUGCUGUGCCAGUAACGGUGUCAGCCAAUCCCAGCCAUGGCCUAUCUUUCUCAGAACGUUGGGGAUUCGACAUAGCACGAAGGCGAACCUCUCCAAGAUCUGCAGUGCUUACCGAACACUUUGAGCGCUUUGUGCCGUCGCACUCUCUAUCAUGCCUAGAUCGCCUAGAUCCCUGACUGCCUUGUAGAGGGAUGCGUGAACAAUAUCGACCGCUUUAGGUGCUGCCCAAGAGAUGGGAGACAUCUCGAUGGCGUGUAAGCCGAAAUCAUUGGCCAUGUGGUCCAUCGCCGUCGCAGAGAUGUGGCUCAAGGAGAAGAGACCGGCGCUCAGGCAACAUUGAGUCUAGAUGGUAAGAUCGCCUUAGCAGGAGUUACUGUAGGUGAAUGGCCUUUGAAAUGCUCUCAAGAAGGCCCAGAGUGUGGUGCGCCCCCUACCCGGCUCCCUUCCUUGUGCCGAAUGCGAGCUGAAUGGGAGAUCCUCCCAGGAGCUUAUGAGCUCACGUGUGUUCCAGGUG